AUUGCAUUUUUUGAGAGAGGGUGAAUUGUAACAUCCUAAGUUUUGAUAUAUGAAAAGGCUUAAUAGAAUUUAUUUGGCUAUUUAUUUCACCAAAGUUGACUUAUCUUUUCCGUCAUACAUCCGUUUAGAACUCUAGAGUUAAGUGUACUUGGAUGGGCUAGAGUAGUGAAAGGAUGGGUGAUUUAUCGCGAAGUGAUUUGCGAUACCGUGCGAAUGAAGUCAAAGCACGGAAAAAUGUUGGGUAGUGAUUACAUGGUUAGUAUAUAAGACUUUCGCAUUGAAAAAAAUUAAUGCACGGUUUGUCAGCCGAAAUGGAACCCAAGGCCAAGAAAACGGACGUGAUGGCCUAUUUGAUGUGGGCGGUUAGACCGUUAUAAUUUUACUACGCAUAAUUUGGAAUAAUCUAUUGAAUAACCAUGGAUUGCAUCUGAAAUUAUGUUCUAUUAAAUUAUAUGAUUAAAUAACAAACUUUGAUUGGUAAUCGACGUAAUGAAAAUAUGAUUAUGCGAUCAUGCAGGUUGUUACAAAUCACACAAUUUUUACAGUGUUGAGUUACACUACGGCAUUCUACUAUAUAUAGUGCCUUUUUUUUUCAAAAUAUGUUAAUAUACCAUCUUUUUUUUUAAAGUAAAAAACUUUCAUGUAAUAUAGUUCCACAUUUCAUCACGAAUCUAUAUUUUUUAUUCUGCAUUUUUAUUAAGUGUUGCCUUUGUUACUGUAUCAUCAAAGAAACUAAAUUUCAAGAAACUAUCCAGUUAGCCUUUAAAUUUUCAAACAUAUAAUUUCAUAUUAUAACAAGCAUCUUUAUUCUUACUUUAAUAAAUGAAUGUUAUUUGGAUAGUGCCUAAUGCAUACAGUUUUCUCAAUGAAAACGUGUAGUGUAUACACUUAUUGAUCUAUUUUGGUAAAUAUUUAUUUCAUCGUAUUGUUAUAGACAUACUUCUUUCGUUUCGAUUUAAUUGUCGUUGCAUAGAAAAAAAAAGUUUCAAAAUUGUUUUAGAGUUUUAAUAUAAAAUUAUUAAUAAAAUUGUCUGCUUAAUUUUUCCAUUGAUUGAAAAAUGGUUAAAUAUAUAUGUAAUUAUAUAUAUAUAUAUGUAAUUUUUGUUUUGAAAAUAUAUAAAAUUAUAUAUACUUUUUAAUUCGUGUGCAUAAACUUAUAGCCUGGAUUAAAAUAAAAUAGAAGAAGUAAUAGAGAAGUGGUCAUUGGCUGGACAGCACAAAAGUCUCAAAUCUCGACAGGUCUUCUUCUAAUCUUAGUGGCAAUGCUAAGACGCAUUAAUAAGGUUUUUUUAUUGUUUUCUUUUCUUUUUAUGAAAAAAGGGCUUAGUGUUUUGAUUGUUAGUAGUAGUAGUCUUUCAGAAAAACCUUUAUUCUAUUCGUAUAUGUUUCUGUACCGAAGUUUCGUGCAUUAAAAAAAAAUGUUUCGUGCAUUAAAAUAAUUAUGAUUUGAUUUCAGCUUUCUAGAAGAGACAUCUCAUCAUAUUGGAGUGAUAAGCCUACGCAUUCUUCUAUAGGUGAUUAAUAUUUUACGUGAUCAUGUCAAAAGACGAAGCAUGUAUUUACUAAUUAAAAUAAUGUAGAAUAUAGACUUGGCAUUAUAUAGAUGAUACAGAAGUAAGAGAUUAGCUCAGUUAGUGCAAGAUAUAUGUCUUAAUUAUGAGAAACUAAGUGCUUUUAUAGCUCAAUGCAAUAUCUCUCUUAGCAAAAGAUUUAAAGAUAAAGAAAGAAAAGAUAAAUUGCAAUCAAAAUUUAAUUGCAAUAAAAUUAAAUAAAAGAUAAAUUGGUUUGAGAAAAAAUGGUCCUCUGAAAAUUCGGUGAGCAAUGGAGGAAAUGUGAUACAAAGGCUACCAAUAACCCAUAACUGUAAAUUCGACUAAUAUAUAUAAUCUUUUCCGUCGAAAUCAGAUUUUCAUUCUUUGUGUAUACUGGAGUCUAAACUGUCUCUGUAAACUAUGUGAUUAAAGGUUUGGGGGUCUGUACUUUACCUAAAUACAUGUUUCUUGGAAACUCUUAUCGUCAAAAGUUAAAACUAAAGCAUUGUUCAUCUUCAGAGUAACCAAACGACUAAUCGCUUAUGCAACAAUGGAGUUUAGUUAAUUAUAUGACAACGCAAGACCAUAAUUACAUUUUGGUGAAAGUAAAGAAUAAAGAAAACUUUAGGUGAAAGUAAAAGAGGAUUUGGUUCGGGAAUAAAUGGGUUGGUAAACUCUUAGUUGAUUAAUGGAGGAUAUAGAAGUCAAAUUGAAAUACUCAACACCAUACUUCACGAUAGUGUAUCUUGUUAAUGAUAUUCUAACUACCUUUCUAUCCAUAUUUUUUGGUAAAGAUACUUUUAUAUCCAUUUUAACAAUGUAUAUCAGUAACACUCUAUUUUAAUACAUUCAUAGUGCCAAAAAAACAAACUAAUUAUUUUAGUUGAAGAUUUCUACUGGUUAAUAAAAGUAUAAAAGCACUCUAGAAGUAUGGUUGAUAAAGGUAAUAUAAUACCCUAGAGUUUGAUUUAAAAAAAAAAGCAUUCUAGAGUAUGGUUUAUGCCAAAAUCGGACAUAAUUUAUUCAAGUUCUAACCUCAUGAGCAUGCACAUUUUCUCAAGACAAUUUUCAAACCAUGCAAUUAACUCUCUGGAAAAUAUGUUCUCUCAACCGGAAUCCACCCUAUAUUUCUUACGUUUUCAGUAAAUAAAGGACUUAACAAAUAUGCUGAUUUACACUUUUUAGCCACAUAAUGACAGAUUUAUAACAUUUUGGGCCGAGGACUAAAUAAAUUAUUCUCACCUCCUUCAUAGUCGAUGUUAGAGCUGGAGACCUUCCUAGGUGUCGAAUAUACACGCGUGUUAGCUAAAUAAGGCCGAUCCGUAAUCACAUCUUCAGCUUAAAUUUGUAACUAGGGUUUGUUUCUAACGAUUUAGAUUGACGUCUUGGUCAUUAAAAUUGCUAUAAUACGUACAUCUUAUAAGAAUAUUGAUUAACUUGGAGAAAAAUGAAGAGAUUGAAAACAAAAUUAGGAGUAAUGGUGGGGACAGUAAAUCUACACUUUUCAAGUCAUAGGCAUGUGCUUCAUCAACCACUCUUUUUUACACUGAACGCGGCUUAAGAUACCAAACCCCAAUCACUAUAAAUACCUCACUGAGCCCUUUCAUUUUACUUCAUCAAACUCAAAAACAAUGGUUUCUCUCAAAGCUCUCUCGACUGUCUUUUUUCUUAUAAUCGGCGUUGGCAUUUGCUACGCCACUAGCCGGAAUCUCUUAACAUACGGGGCUAUGCCCGCUGGCCAUGGUGGUGGCGGUGGAGGAGGACAUGGUGGUGGUGAAGGUUAUGGAGGAGUGAGUGGUGGUGGUUAUGGGGGCGGUAGUGGAGAAGGUGGUGGUGGUGGAUAUGGAGGAGCUGAAGGUUAUGCAGGUGGCGGUGGUGGUGGUCACGGUGGUGGCGGUGGUGGAGCUUCUUCUUCUGGUGGAUACGCUAGCGGAGGUGGAGAAGGAGGUGGUAGCGGUUACGGUGGAGCAACUGGUGGAUAUGGUGGUCAUGCUGGUGGUGGUGGUCAGGGUGGAGGCGGUGGUGGAGCUUCUUCUUCCGGUGGGUAUGCUAGUGGAGGAGGAGAAGGCGGAGGUGGAGGUUAUGGUGGAGCAGCUGGUGGUUAUGGUGGUCAUGCUGGUGGCGGCGGUGGAGGUAGUGGUGGUGGUGGUGGAGCUGCUUAUGGCGGUGGAGGAGAUCAUGCUAGUGGUUAUGGAAGUGGUGGUGGUGAAGGAGCUGGUGGUGCAAUUGGUGGUCAUGCUGGUGGGGGAGGUGGUGGCAGUGGAGGCGGUGGAGGAUCGGCUUAUGGUGGUGGAGGUGAGCAUGCUAGUGGUUACGGAAGUGGAACUGGUGAAGGUGGCGGCGCGGGUGGAGGUGAGUAUGGAGGUGGAGCUGGAGGUGGAGGUGGACAUGGAGGUGGUGGAGGAUCAGCAGGUGGAGGGUCUUAUGGUGGUGGUGCUUAUGGAAGCGGUGAAGGAGGAGGAGCUGGAGGUGGAUCAGGAGCCGGAGGGUAUGGAGGUGGUGGCGGUGGAGGGAGUGGUGGAGGAGGAGCUUACGGUGGAGGUGGAGCACAUGGAGGUGGUUAUGGAAGUGGUGGUGGUGAUGGAGGUGGUUAUGGUGGUGCAGCAGGUGGAUAUGGAAGUGGUGGUGGAGGCGGUCACGGUGGUGGUGGUGGUUCAGGCGGUGGAGGCUAUGCCCCAUGAAGAAACCAACUCAAGAUAUAACCAAAAAAGAAAGAGGCUGGAAAUAAAAGAUUGUGGAGGCAGGGGUAUACAAAUUAAAAUGCCUUGGUUGAAAACAUUUUAUAUCCAUUAUUGAACGUUGUAUUUCCUGAUAAUCAAAUAUUUUUAUUAUCUUACUAUUUUAUCAUUAAAAACAUUAGUUUAUAUAAAGUAAUGUUUUAUA